UUUCAGACUGACAUUUGCUGAUCGCUAUGCAAGAGGUCAAAGAGAAUAUGACCAGAACAGAUUCAAGAAGGCUGAAGAAGAAUAUGCGCUCGCAUUAAAACUUGCCAGUGAUAAGAAAGAGACAUGUAUAUGUCUUGAAGCCCUAGGAGAUGUCUAUUUGGAAUAUGCAAAACAUCAAAACGAUAGAGUCUGCCUGUUGAAAGCAUGUGCUCUGUAUAAUGGCGCAAAAGUAAGGCUGAACUCAGAUGAUUUACAGGUGAAUGUUUUGACAACAAAAAUCGCAAACAUUGAAUGUGUUAUGUUGGAACUCUUGGGAAAUUUAAAAGAUGGAUCUAAUGAUUAUUCAGAAGAGGAAACACAGAUCUAUAAAUCAACGCUUGAUGAAAUAAGAACAAACACAGAGAAAAUGCUUAAUGAUAUAAGCGAAACUGGACCUUAUGAUGCUAAAGCUGGUAUAUCAAUAACUGAGAGAAUCACUGCUGAGUCUGAACAUACUAAAAAGGUUAUAUGUAUCGCAACUACACUCGUUGAAAGAAUGAAGUCAAUGAUACAAAAAAUGGUGAAUGAUUGUUUGAAAAAUAUGAAACCAAUGACCUUCCCAUGGGCUUUUAUUGGCCUUGGUUCAUUCUCACGUCAUGAGAUGACGCCAUACUCUGAUAUUGAAUUCGCUGCUCUCAUUGGAGAGGGUUCAGAUACACCACAAAAUAAAGCAAAACUCGCUGCUUUAUGUGACUUCUUCGAACUCAAAGUCAUUAACCUUGGAGAGACAAUAGUUCCAGCAAUGGGUGUUAAGUCUCUAAAUGACUAUUCCGAAGGUGGAGAAAACUGGUUCUUUGAUUCAAUUACACCACGAGGAUUCUCAUUUGAUGCUGAUAUGCCAAAAGCAUGUAAGUUUCCGAGAGGUCUGGGGGGAAAUGAACUUAUCCAGACCCCAUCAAAGAUGGCGAACAUACAGAACCUUAACUCAUUUGGCCCCGAUGGUUUGGCAGAAGUGCUCACCUCAGCAACAUUCAUAAUGGGAGAUAAGACCUUGUACGAUGAUUACAUCAUCCAAUUGAAGAAAUCAUUAAAGAUUGGCAACACUGGACAAAAGAGGGCAAUUAAGACAAUAAAAGAGGACAAUGUGAAAUAUGGAACACCUUUUCUGGGAGUAAGAAGUGAGGGGAGUAUAUUCCAUGUGAAGAGGGAAAUUUUCAGAUUCCCAAGCUUAAUGAUUAUGAACCUUGGGAUGUACUUUGGGGUAGUGAGCAAGCCUCCAUGGGAGAUCAUAUCUGAACUGGAGUCCAUGGGGGUAUUAUCAAGAGAUAUUGCACACAACCUAAUGGUCCUAUGGGCAAUAGGCAACCAACUAAGACUACAAACAUAUUGUACAAUUAAAGCACAGCGUGACAACAUCGCAGUUAGAGAAAGGUUCAAAUCAACUGCUGAAGCAGGAGCUUCCAUGACUGAUGACGCUGCUACAUUUUACAUGGACAAUACAGAUAUUAUAACAAGGUACUAUAAAUCAGCUAUACCAUUGGAAACAAUCAUGAGAACAUUUACACUGACAAACAAAGUGAAGGGAAACUGUUUUGAGGACAAUGCAAUGAAUGAAGGUACUGUUAAUAUGCGGCUGCUUAGAUAUACAGAUGCUAUAGCAUGCUUUGAAAAAGUGCUGGAAGAAACACCAAAUGAUGUGCUUGCACUGUCUUAUCUCUCUGCUGUGUAUUGCUCAAGGUAUGAAAAUGAAAAAGCAUGUUCAAUUUGUGAAAGUGCAAUUGAAUUAGCUGAGAAAAACAAUGUGGACAUAUCAUUUAUCCUUCAAUUGAAGUUUCAACUUGGACGUGCUAAUCUUUGGAGACAUGGUGAUUAUGAAAAAGCCCAUAGACUUUUUCAGGAAAUACUUGAUAACAUUGACUUAUAUCCAAUGGACCUUGGUGUCCUUCUUCUAUCACUUGCCUACUCUUACAAAGGAAUGGGAAAUCUUGAUAAAUCUAUAGAACUCAAUCAGAAAGCAAUAGGUGUUAUGGAAGGAAAAGACAGCACUACAUUGGCCGUAGCCUAUAACAAUUUAGGAAAUAGUAUUGCUGGUGAAAAGAAAGACUCAAAAACUGGUUUAAAAUACCUACAAAAAGCUUUGAUGAUGAGAUACAGAAUGUUUGGUAAUGUUCCAAAUGUUGUCAUCAAAGAAAACCUUUAUCUACUGGCACAUGUGUACCUGCAAAUGGGGAACAUUCAAAGGGGUAAACAAAUGGCAAUUGAGAGCUAUGAUAUGCACAAGCAUCUCAAAAGAAUUAACAACAUCAAGGAUGAUAUGGCUGCAGAAGCAGACUAUUUGAAUCUCAUUGGGUUUGCAUACCUCAAAGCAUAUGAAAAUGAACAAGCCAUAGAGUACUUCAAAGAAGCAAUAGAAAUAACACUUGCCUCUCCAAUGCAGAUUAAAGACCACUUCAAACUGCUGUCCCCUUCAUACAACAAUCUGGGAUACAGUUACAACAACAAUGGAGAUUACAAUGCAGCUCUUAUUAACUAUGACAAAGCACUAGAAUGCAUGACUGAUUCCCCACUUUCUGCCUUUCAUCUGCUAAAGGCUAGGAUAUUUUACAAUAUUGGCACUGUUCAUCUAAAACAGGGCCACUAUUCUAAAGCUGUGGACUACUUUCACCAAUCUACAGAACUCAGAAAUGAAUAUGCUGAUAUUAAUACAUUUGAAGCACUCGACCUUGUUAUGUCUGUCUCUGCUCUUGCAACUGCACUAGCUUUAAAAGGGGACCUGUCCGAGGCUUCAAUUCAACUCAACCGAUCACUCAAGCAAUUGGAGAAUAUUUCAGAUGAACAAAGAUCAGCCUACCUGGACAUGGGGAAAAUCUACAAUAAAAUUGGGACAGUGUCACGCAUACUAAACAAUAGUAAUGAAGCAAUUGCAUACCAUCAGUUAGCUUUAGACGCAGCAAGGCAAAUAUAUGGCAAUGAAGCCAACCAUGGUGAUAUUGUAGAAUCAUUCAUUCUUUUGGCCGAAGCACAACUUGAAUUGAAAGAAAAUGCAGAGACAGUCAUUCAUAAUUUAACAAAAGCUACUGAGAUGUUGAAUACACUGCAGAAAGGACAGUCACAUCCUGAUUUGGAACACAUAGAUAGACUUAAGUCUAUGUUAGAGAUCUAACAAUUCAUGAAUACUGUAACAGUACAUAUAAGACAAUUAUGAAACAAUGUUUUGGACCCAUUUUACACUACAUGUUCAUUUUGUACUCAUGUACUAAAGGUUCAUAGCUUUCCACUAUUUAUCCUCACUCCUUACUGAUGAAGGUUUGAAACUCAUUAUUUUUUUAUUGUUCAGUUGUCAAUAUACAGUAUGUAGUUCAUUCUAAAAUGAUCUGAAAAUAUUUGGAUAAUUUAUUUUGUUUUCUGAACCUCACUAUUCAAAAUAGAUAAACAAUUUUGUAACAAGUGCAUCAUUUAUCUGACAAUAAAAUUCUACAAGUUUAAAACUUCAUUUCAAUAAAGAAAGAUGGUAACGAUAUAGAGACUGUAAGUUAGGAUAUGAUGUUGAUUUGCAAGCUUCAUCUCACAUGAGGACUGAAGACAUUAUAUGACAAACAUGUAAAUAUAGAAAGAACAGAAGAUGUUUGAUAUGUAAGAUAUGAAAUAAAGACUUCAUAUUUUAUUCUCCUGAUCAUAUGUUCCUAAAAAAGAUAAUGAGAGCAGGAAUCUUUGCAAAUCAAAAUGAGUAAGAUGACAUAUAGAUGGCAACUUUCAACAAGGUUUUAGUGACAUCUCAGAUGUGUCACUACCACUAUACCAAAGAAGAUAACUUAGUUCAAGCAAUGGGUAUAUCAUUUCAGUUCCAUUUUAAGCCUAAAAAUGAUCAUGGCUAAAGCUAUUAAAAAAGUUGCCAACAUAUAAUUCUCAAAACUUGACAAACAGCAACUUCCAGGAGUAGCAAAUCCCACCAAACUAAACAUACAUGUAUUUUAUCAAAUUACUCAUCAUUUUGAAAAAAUAACCAGGCAUGCAUGCAGUAGUACUGUCUCAUGUUGGUAAAGCCUAUACCCAAUGUGUGAAAAAGUAGCCAUGCUGAAAACCCCUUUUUAGCAGAGUCCUAAACAUAUAAGCAUGUAAAAUCUGAACCAAAUCUGAUAACUGAAAAUCACAGCCUCAGUCUAGUUUCAUUUUUACACUCACGGAACAAGUUACAGCACUUAAAAAAUGUGUGUAAUA